UGGAAACCAACUGGUUGGCUCGGAGGUCCGGCUGUGUGGCAUGUGAGCACGACAUUGUGACAGGAGCGGGCAAAAAUCCGGAGAAGUUGGUGACCUGUUGUGAAGCACGCGCUCUGCUUGGUUCCUUGUCUCCUACGGCUUCAAAUUGCCAGUCCUCACAUCCUACAUCCUUCUGCAUUUCAAACGAAGCUCUAUGAAGCCCACACCCGUUUUGUGGAUGACGCGGCUCACGAGAUGAGCAAGACUCAUCCGACUGGACACGUAUUUUGACCGAACGGUGGAUUGGGUUCCGGUCCAAACAGAGAGUUGGUUUCAGAGGGAAGUAUCACAGACUGCGCAGCCCUAGGAACAAAGCGACAUACCCAAGGGAUC